UUGGCCAGAAUUUUUUUAAAAAUUCAUCACUCAGAAAGAACUUUCAAUCGUAGUAUUCUUUUGAUUUCGCAAUAAUGAAUUUCGCCUUUGCUGCUCUUCUUCUCACCUCUGCGGUUUUUGUUGAACUAAGUUCAGCCACGUGUUUGUCUGGUAAUUGUGGCUCUUCAGGAGCUUCUGGAGCAGCUAACGCGCAGGCAUCAGCUAACGCGGCAGCUAAUGCUAAUGCGGCAGGAGGUGCUGGAGGAGCCGGAGGUUCCGGAGGUGCUGGAGGAGCCGGAGCUUCCGGAGGUGCUGGAGGUACCGGAUAUCCUUCAGGAAUUUAUCCAGGAGCUUCAGGUCCCACAGGAGCGGUAUCAGGAGCUUCAGGCUGGAAUGCUCAGUAUUCCAAUGGUGACCAACAAUCCCAGGCUUCACGAUAUGCUCAAGGAUCCGCUUCAGGAUGGCAAGCCCAGGGAGGACAAACUGGAUGCACUACCUGCUAAUCCUUGAAGAAAAUGUUGAACGAAUAAAAAUGGAUAAAUCGGCCAAUGGUUAAUUUAUAAAUUUCGGCAAGCAGGAAUUAACGAUCAACAGAAAUGAUUGAAGGUGAUCAAUUCCGCUCUUCUGGUUAUCACUGGUCGCCCAUUCGUGUCUGUUUUUUAAAAAUCGAUUAUCGAUUGACUGCUUUAACUGUUUUCGUUCCUUUCACAUU